GACGUGUAUAGCACAGCUGUCAUACGUUAAAUUUUGUUUUCCAAUUUCCCGAUAAUGAGAAGGAAAAAGUAAUCAUUGUUAUGUGAAAAUCUUACUAUAUCAUACAUUUGUUUAUAUGUUAUUGUGAGAGACAGUUAAAAUAUUGAAAAUGGUUCUUAUGACAAUGAUCGCAAGGGUCGUAGACGGCCUCCCUUUGGCCGCUACAAUGCAAGAAGAUGAACAGAGCGGCUGCAAUGUACUGGAGUAUCAAAAUCAGGCUAAAAUGCUGUUUAGAAAACUAGGCCCACAAUCGCCGACACGUUGCUCCAUCGAAACUGGGCCCUAUCUCUUCCAUUAUCUUAUUGAACACGAGAUCUGCUACUUAGUGUUGUGUGAGCGGAACUACAGCAAAAGACUAGCAUUCAGUUAUCUUGAAGAAAUAGCUCAAGAGUUCUACCAGCAGUACGGCAAGAGGGUGAACACAGUCACCCGACCAUACACAUUCAUAGAGUUCGACACGUGGAUGCAGCGCGCACGGCGGCAGUACGCGGAGGGCGGCGCACGCGCACGACGCGCUGGCGCCGCCGCCCAGCUCGGCGGGCAGCUUGGCGACGUGCAGCGCAUCAUGAUGCAAAACAUCGACGAUGUGCUGCAGAGGGGAGCUAUACUCUCUGAACUGGAUACAAAGACUCAGAACCUGUCAAUGAUGUCUUCAAAGUACAAGAAGGAUGCAACAUACCUUAACACAAAGUCAAUGCUUGUGAAGGUGACAGCAGGCGCUGUCAUUCUGCUUGUGUUUGUGCUAUACUUCUGGGUGCUUUAGAUGGGUAGUUUGUUCCUACAACUGUGGUACUCCUGUUGUGUACUGUGUAAUGGACUACUUUACAAUACCAUCAGAUACAAUAAGAAGUUAUCCUCAAUAGAAAUUGUUUCAUAUUUUUACCUAUCUCAACAACUAAAUCAGUAAAUUAAUUAAUAUA